AUGAAGCUGACAGCGGAGGAGGCUUGGACGUACUGGAAUGAGAGGAUGAAGGCCCCCAGGUACAUCCUAGCCCCCAUGGUGAAUGCAAGCGACCUCCCCUACCGGCUGCUAUGUCGGCGAUACGGGGUGGACGCUGCUUAUACGCCUAUGCUGCAUUCCCGGUUACUCACGGAGGAUCGUAAUUACCGGCCGAAGUUUCACCCGGAGCUGAUCUGCCUGCCGCCGGCUCCAACCGUCAACGAAGAAGGUCAUUUUGUACUUCCGGAGUCGUGGGAUCAGGAGGCGUCCACGACCGUGUCCCUGGAGCACCGUACCUCCUCGGCUAGACCGGUGUCUCCCUACUCAAAAGAAAAUACAAUUGCUCAACUAUGUGGUCACGAUCCUGCGACUGUGGUGGCGGCUGGCAAGCUGUUGGAAGACCGAGUAGCAGCCAUAGAUUUGAACUGUGGCUGUCCUCAGGGCAUCGCCCGUCGAGGUCAAUACGGUUCGUUUUUGCUUAGUCAGCCGGAGACCAUUAUCAAGGUGGUUUCAGCGAUGGUCAAUGAACUACGUUGUCCAGUUACCGUGAAGAUCCGAGUUGCAGAUCCCGAGCCCGGGCCCGAGCCCGAGGAUGAGUCAGAAGAUUUGAUGAAUGAACCGAUGGACCUAAUCAAUGAGUUAAAGCACCCCAACAAUGGACUAAAGGACCUGACCAAGGACGCCAAUAAGGACCUCCGGACCAGAACCGACAACCCGACCAAGGACGCUAGCCCGAUCGGUGAGGUAAAGGACCGGCGCAAUAAUGAUAUAUCUGCGAUAGUUGUCGAUGAGAGCUGCGCCUCGCGGCCUGGGAAGAGGGGAUUGGAACCUUCAAGCGCCAGCGGGUUAUCUUCAGCCGAGUUGGUUGAAGGUGAAAAGGAGGUGGAAGCGGUGGUAGACGAGACAGGUUUUUCUUUAUCGCAGUACCCCAAGACGGUGGACCUGGUGAAGCGACUAGAGGCCCUGGGCGUGCUGGCGAUCGCUGUGCAUGGACGGACGCCGCAGAACAAGGGCCACGCGAUCCGCGGUGCGGAUUGGGUCCUUAUCCGAGAGCUUGUGGGCAUCACCAGGAUCCCCAUCAUCGCCAACGGGUCUGUAUGUAGCUUGACGACGGCAGACGCAUGUCUACGGUUCACUGGCGCCGCCGCCGUCAUGAGCGGCGAAGCCUUGCUCGAGGACCCCUCCGUCUUUUGUCCGCAGGGACGCAAGGACGUCGACGACCUAAUGCUGGAGCUUAUUUACCUCAACAAAUUCGUGACUCAAUAUGCCACACAUGCUAAACCCUUCGAAUCCAAAAGCGGAAAGCAGUCUGGAGGUGACAAGACGUCCGGAAAGCAGUCUGGAGGUGACAAGACGUCCGGAGAUAUUAAGGCGCUCAAGUCGCAUUUGUUUAGCUGUCUCUACACUGGCUUCCAACAGCACCACGACCUCCGAGACGCUUUGGCCAAGGCCCACACCUUAGACGAAAUGCAGAAGGUCGUUGUGGAAUUGAAACACACUCGACAGGGUCAGUACAAGCUGGGGUACUAUCGACGACACCGGAAACUUACGGACUCGACCACUCAUCGAAAAAAGGCCCGCAAAGGGUCCACAGCUAGUGACGGGAAGCAGCCAACGUGA